GAAGCACAAUGUGAGCAGCCUUCCUCUUGACCCCCUGUGGAUCCCAUUCUCUGCAGUUAAGGUGGCAGAGGAAUUCUUGUACUUCACUCUGAAACUUAUGAUGGAUGACUGGCAAUAUGAGAGGCCAAGCUACCAGUAUUUCCUGGGAGACAUCAUCAAUAUUGAGGCUACCGUCAAGCAGUACUUCCACGUGCCUCUCCGUGUUUAUGUGGACAACUGUGUAGCUACUCUGUCUCCUGACGUGUCCUCCAACCCUAGAUAUGCCUUCAUUGAUAACCAUGGAUGUUUGCUUGAUGCCAGGAUCACAGGCUCUGACUCUAAGUUCAUGGCUCGCUCUGCAGAGAACAAGCUUCAGUUCCAGCUGGAGGCCUUCAGGUUCCAGGGCGCUGACAGUGGACUGCUCUACAUAACCUGCCACUUGAAAGCAACAUCUACUGCGUAUGCCAUCGAUAGUGAACACAGAGCUUGUUCAUUCAUCAGUGGGUGGAAAGAGGCCAGUGGAGCUGAUGCAGCUUGUGGCACCUGUGAAUCUGGUGGAUUUGGAGCGGCUCCUGGCGGUUCAUCCGGUGGAGUUGGGGGUGGUGCCUCAAGUGGUAUGUGGGGUACUGGUGGAGGCUCUCAGGCUAAUCCUGGAGGAAGGAAGAUCCGUGAUGUGUCCCAAAAAGAAACUGUUUUCGAAUGGGAAGGUGAUGUCACCCUGGGUCCCAUCUCCAUCGGAGAGAAGGUGCUCUCUUAAUUCAGUUUCCU